AUGAGCGCGUUGCUCGUCCCCGACGAUGAUCGUCGCCACGUCCUUCACGAGGGCCGCCACGACGAGCGGGACACGACGUCGCGGUCGAGCGCCGAUCAAGUUGGGCAGCGCGACCAACGGCGUCCGCCUUCGAUGGCGUCCUUGUCGGCUUUUGGGGACGCUUCCGGGAGUUCGGAUCGUGCUCCGUCGUUCAUUGAUGCGUAUUUUGACGCUACGAGGUCGUUGACCGAUUUUGAGGAACCCCCUCUUGUUGCGCAGGCUGCGAGCGCUCCACGAGGCGGUGCGAAGGCCAAUCAGCCCUCACCGUCAUCAGUCAGUCGGCCAACACUCACAGUCGAUCACACGGCAGCGACUCCGGCACAGCAACCGAUAGCAUCAACCUCGAGCAGUUUUCAGUCAAUUAGUGCCAGCCUAGCAGAACAUGAUACGAGCAUGUCACGGUCCUCGUCGUCCGGCUCGAGCUCGGCAGCUUCCAUCACGACUCCGAUAAAACGCGUGCGAGUGUCUGCCGCUCCACCGACGUCAGGCUCGAAUGUGGAUGCUAUGCAGAGGGGAUGGCACAUGCACGUCUCACCCGUCGGUCCUCGGUCCAAUAACCCUUUGGCUUCCGACUCUACGGAUCCAUUCGACCCUUCCGAGUUGUUCAAGAACGCUACGCAGCCGCUCAACAUUGCUCGGGUCCGAGCAAAGGGCAACUACCAGACCACGUCAUCGACUUCACUUGACAACUUGGACGAGACCAGGCCCUUUCGGUACGACUCGGACGAGGAAGGGAAACGGUCACAAACCAAGACGCCUGCAAAGAGACUUUCGGGGGCCGCUGCAGAGGAUCGGUGGCAUGGGCUGGGUCUUGGCUCGGGAGUAGGGGAUGAUGAAGAAGUGGGACUGAGACCAGCAUCCUCGACGGUCGAGGGAAAUGUCGCUGCUGCCGUCUCCGAAGGAUCGGAUGGACGACUUCAUCCCAGGGGCAAGCGGAAAACAAAGUCCUCAUUUCGCAAUAGCUUCACCCAAGGCCUGCAACGAAUGUCGGAUCGUGUGGUCGGCUCCUCGGAUGCUCAAGCCGAGUUUGUUGACAAUUCCCAUCGACAGCCAAGCGAUAGGGAUCAUCGUCAUCAAAAGUUGGGCAGUGAUGAUGGGGAAGAAGAUCCUACGGAGGAAGAGACGGAAGAAUCGAGGUAUGAGACAGCGUUCAAGAAGCUUCGAGGAAAGAGUCUGGGACUGUUCGGGGAGUCGCAUUGGCUUCGGAGAGCGUGCGCAAAGCUAUUGGUGUCCAAGUGAGUUGCUACAUCGGUCGUCCUAACUCUGAGCCUCGACCGGCUGAUACUCCAUGCCAUUGAAGAUUCACAGAGCCGGUCAUCCUCGUACUUAUCCUCGCAUCUGUCGUUGUGUUGACCAUUCAAACCGCGCCCGACGUGUACGCCCACCCUCGGCCACAAACGGGCUAUUUCCACGAUUGGACCGACUAUGCGCUGCUCGCCAUUUUCUGCGCAUUCACUGCAGAGAUGUUUGUGCGCAUCAUCGUCACAGGUCUCAUCGUCAAUCCUCCAGCACCUGUCAGUUUCUCCGUCGUAAUACCAACACCGACGUCCCCCGAGAUCAUGCGAAGCCAGGCCGUGACCGGCUCGAGUCGGCGGGACCGCUCACCGAGUCGAGAUCCUUACGCGCCACUCCCAAGUCCAUCUGGGAAGCGGGAUAGCUCUUUGGUCCUUCAUGCGGUGCGACAGCUCAAGCAUAGUCCCGUCUCGACUCGCGCGAGAUCUCCUGCUUCACCGAUACAACGCCACUUUACCGUCCGCCGACCGUCACAUUCGCCUUCCACUGUCUCCGGGGACGCAAGAUCUCUCGAACCACCACCCGAUGUGUCUCUGCCGGUUCCGCCGAGGCCGGACGCUUCGCUCGAUCUCGAUACCAAAGAGGUACCGUCGCCGCCCGAACAAGCCCACUCGACCCGAGCAGCCAAUUCGUCGACAACCUCCACUCUGUUGUCUAGAGACUUCAAAGCACCGUUCUCAGAUUCUUUCGGACGACAGCGCGAUAUCAUGUACUCGCGAGCGUACCUGCGCCACUCAUGGAACCGUCUCGACGUCGUUGCCGUGCUUUCGUUUUGGAUCGCGUUCGGUCUCUCAAUAGGAGGCGUCAAGACGACCAACGGCGUCGAACUGUUUCGCGCGAUGAGCGUAUUGCGAUCGAUGCGACUUCUCGGCGUCACUACCGGAACUAGUACGAUCUUGCACUCGCUGAAGCGAGCGUCACCCCAACUCGUCAAGGUCGGCUUCUUCGUCGCCUUUGCGAUGAUUUUGUUAUCCAUCGUCGGCAUUCAGAGUUUCGGAGCCUCCUACGCCCGCCACUGCCGAUGGAUCGACCCGUCUGGUGUGUUGGAGUCCGUUGACUUCCCUGAACAAGCAUGCGGUGGCUACUACAACACAACGACGGGUAUCAUCGAACGCGUGAUCCUCUCGUCCGGUGCAUUCAGUCCGGAGCAGCCGAAAGGCUUCACCUGCCCGCCGCCUAGCGUGUGCAUCAUGGGUGAAAGUCCCGAAAACGGCGCCUUGAGUUUCGACAAUAUCUUCACGAGUCUGUACCAGAUGGUUAUCAUCGCCUCCGCCAAUACGUGGACGGUAGUGAUGUACCGCAUGGCCGACGCCGACGCGUUUCCCGCGACGAUCUUCUUCAUCGUCGGCUUGAUUGUGCUUAACUACUGGCUUUGGAACCUGUUCGUCGCUGUCAUCACUUCUACUUUCGCGGAAAUUCGUGAAGAGUCGGAACAAUCUGCAUUUUCGGCGACGGCGGAUCCGUCAGCCAAGCUUGCGGCAAGUGGAGGAGUUCCUCACGUCCAGGGGGGCGGCCAAGUCAAGGGGUUCAACCGCUCUGCACGCUGGGUCGCUGUGGUCUACCGCAAGACAUAUCUUAUAUGGGUUUUUCUCGCACUCUUUUCGAUCGUAUGUCAAGCGGCCACGACAUACGACAUGCCACCCAGUCGGAAGGUUUUCUUGGGUACGAUCGAGCGCUACGUCACUCUCGCCUUUGGUGUCGAGAUCGUGCUGCGGUUCUACGCGACGUUUCCUGAUUGGCGAUCCUUCUUCCACCAUCUCGAGAAUUUGAUUGAUCUUGGACUCGUCAUUGCUACGGCGAUCAUCCAAAUCCCGGUGAUCAAGACCUCCGAAGCGUAUCCCUGGCUCACGGCAUUUCAGAUCGCGAGGUUCUACCGCGUCAUCAUGGCGAUCCCACGGAUGAAUCGGUUGCUUGUGAGUAUCUGUUUUUUGCAUCUUUGGAGGGACCGCUUUCUGAUUCCGUAUCCGCCCCGUUCUACCUUCAGCGUCGAGUGCUAGGGACCUUCACCGGUCUCUUGAACAUGACCCUGUUCCUCCUGCUCAUGACGGGCUUUGCUUCUCUGAUCGCGAGCCAACUGUUCCGUGGUGUUCCCGACCCCGAUGAUAGCGACACGACACCCCUAAUAUUUUCAACAAGCUACAACAGUUAUUUGGCGAUAUACCAGAUCCUCAGUUCAGAAAAUUGGUGAGCUUGGGCCCCUUCAUCGCCGCCCGUUCGAAGCUGACUUAUCCUAUGGCCCUGUUUCCUAGGACCGACGUGGCGAACAAUGUCCUGUCGGCGCAGCAAAAUGUCUUCGCGAUGGCAGUUACGGCCCUCUUCAUGUCCUGCUGGAUGUUCUUUGGUUUCUUUGUCCUCAUCAACAUGUUCAUUGCCGUCAUCAACGAGAACUUUUCGCUCCCCGAGGAAGAAAAACGCAAGUUGCAGAUCGAAGCGUUCGAGAAGAGAUUGGAUGUGCCGGUCACGCGUAAGAGGUGGUGGCAUAGGUUUUAUGUCUAGUGAGUUGGGUAUGUUGAUCGCGAUUGGGUUGCGCUUGCCGGGGUCUGAUGGCAACAUCUGCGACCGCAGCAAAUUCGACGAGCCAGCACAGACCUCGCCAAAGAGUGCCUCUCUUCACGGAACCGCAGACGUGAGAGACUUUGCACCCGAGAAUGGCGCGACAUCAGACAAGAAGGUGAGAAGCGCUUCUACAGCGGCACUGCAUGUUUCCUCGGCUGACCACUCUCUGCCAGGUACACACGCGCGGGCAAUCAAUCACUGAAACCUUGAUGGGCUCCGCGAGGCGAGCGUUUGGAAUGAACAGACAGUCUGGGGCUUCGACUGACGCCCUUGCGAUGGAGGACCUUCAUCCCAUGGAUGACACGAUUGUGUACCAGGGGUCAGUGAGAGUCAAAACUGCUAUGACGCGUCUCAUACUCUCGCUGACCGGUAUCUUCAUUCUUCAGGACUCUCUUUCGUUUGACCAGUCAAGCCGAGCGGGAUGCCGAGGUCAGACGUGGACAGGCGCGGGAACGACGAGCCAGGCUCGCGUCGUACAUCGGCGAGCAUCCGAGCUACGACAAGUCGCUCUGGCUUCUGUCGCAGGACAAUCCACUGCGACGGAUGUGUCAGGCCCUGGUCGAUCCAGGUCAUGGCGAGGACCGUCUGUUCGGCCGUGCUCCGGGUCAGGUCCUUCGCUUUCUCUUUCAAUGGCUCAUCUUCAUCACAAUCGUCGGGUCGGUUGUUAUUGCCGCGAUUGCGACGCCCAUCUAUCGUCGAAAUUACUACAUCGAGGUCGGCGACGUGCGCUGGCCCUGGUUCGUGCUGGCCGAAUGCACCCUCGGCUUCAUUUUCGUCAUCGAGUUUCUGGUCAAGGUCAUCGCCGAUGGAUUCUUGUUCGGUCCCAACGCCUAUCUUCGCUCGCCCCACAACGAUCUUGAUUUCUUCGUUCUCAUCACGCUACUCGUUAACAUCGUCACUGCUUUGCUGGCUGGACCAGGGCUCAACCGAUUCACGCGGUCGCUCAAAGCCUUCCGAGCACUGCGCUUGAUCAACCUCUGGCCCAAGCUACGCGAGACGUUCUACAACGUCCUUAUCGUUGGCUUCUCGCGCAUCCUCGAUGCCUCCUUGCUUGCGAUUCUGUACCUCAUCCCCUUCGCGGUGUGGGCGCAAAACAUCUUUGGUGGUCUUCUCUUCUCGUGCAACGAUUCGAGCGUCUCGUUCAAGGCGCAGUGUGGUGGCGAGUUCGCGUCCGCCGCGGUCUCGGAUUGGAACUAUUUGCAGGUAAGACUUUCCGAGCUUCAAAUAGGACUCUUAGAUUUACAGUGCUGACUCUGGAGGCCAACUCAACAGCCUCGCGUGUGGGACAAUCCGUCCAGCGACCCGUCAGUGUGGAACUUCGAUAAUUUCAGCUCCUCGCUCUUGAUCCUGUUUGAGAUCAUCUCUCUAGAAGGCUGGGUCGACGUCAUGCUGAGCGUGAUGCAGAUCACGGGUCCGGAUCGCCAACCUCAGGCCAAUGCCUACCAAUGGAGUGCCUUGUUCUUCGUCUUCUUCAACCUCGUCGGCGCUGUCUUUAUUCUCACGCUUUUCGUGUCGACGGUCAUCGAGAACUUUGAGAUUCGGAGUGGUAUGGCACUCUUGACGACUGACCAAAAGCGAUGGCUCAACCUAAGACGACUGCUCGCGCGACAACGACCCUCGAAGCGACCCAAGCGAAGGCCAAUCUCGGCUUUCCGAGGGUGGUGCUUCGAUCGUGCAACGCAGAAGCACGGCUGGUGGUCGAGGUCGAUGACCGCGCUGUACUGCGCCAAUAUCAUCGUCCUUUGCACGCAAGCUACGACGAACACCGAUGAUGGCUUCGAUCUGCGCAACUACAUUUUUCUCGGCUUCACGCUCAUAUACGGCAUCGACAUCUUUGUGCGCAUGUUUGGGCUCGGGUGGUCGUCGUACAUCAUGAACGGAUGGAAUCAAUACGAUGUCUUCGUCGUGGCUGGAACUUUUGCGACGACGAUCCCGAUCAUGCUGUCGUCACAAAGCCAAGUCGCUCAUCAGUUGCAAAAGCUCUUCCUCGUGCUCGUCGCUUUCAAGCUCGUUCAACGCAACAACAGCCUGAACCAACUCUUCAAAACCGCGGUCGCGAGUCUCAAGGCAUUGCUCAACAUCUUUGGUCUUUGGCUGGUCCUCUUUAUCGUCUGGGCCAUCUUCUACAUCGAGAUCUUCGGUCUGACGAGAUGGAACUUCAACGAGACGCACAAUGCCAACUAUUCGACGUUCGCCCAGGCGCUCGUUCUACUCGCACUUCAGUCAACGGGUGAAGGGUGGAAUGCGUUCAUGCAUGAUUACAUGGUCGAGUGGCCCCGGUGUACGACUAGCACCAACUAUCUCGAUAGCGAUUGUGGGAGUACGGCUUGGGCGCUCGUCUUGUUCAUCACUUGGAACGUACUCUCGAUGUGUGAGUUCUCGUUGCAAGCAUCCACUCCGAUCGAACACCCCUGAUCGCCAUUUUGACCCUACUUGCUAUACAGAUCUGAUGGCGAACUUGAUUCUCGGUACCGUGAUUGAAAACUUCAGUCACGUCUACCAAUCCUGGGGCAACGUCAACUACCCGAACCGCGAAGAGAUGCGCGGCUUCAAGAAAGCGUGGGGCGAGAUCGACACCGAACGGACAGGCUUCAUCCGUCGACGCGAGAUCGUGCCUUUCCUUCGCAGACUCACAGGGAUCUUUGAAGUACGCAUUUACCGCGCCGAAUGGACGAUUCAUAAUCUUCGCAACGCAGCGAGUGUUUCCUCGACGAUGUCGCGCAAACCUUCCUUUUCGGAUCCGUUCUCGGCGACUUCGUCCGAUUUCGGAUUACCUCGUUUGGAAAGGGAUGCAUCGACGAUCGAUGCGAUGAGGUUGGCGCAUGCGAUCCGAGCCGUUGAUGGGAAUGAGGUGCGCCAGAGGAGGUACCUGUGGAACAGGUUGUACCACGAGGCGAUGAUCGAAGCGGAGAAGGACGAUCGGGGGAUCUCGUUCGGGAACAUGCUCGAGUUGUUGGCGCAUUAUAGGAUGAUCGAUGAUGAUACGGCUUUGCAGUGAGUUGCGAACGGUUUGCAUCGCGUUACGUCUCAAUUUCGUGCUGACUCACCUGGUCCUAACCCAAUCUCAGGGUCGACGAGCUGCUGGACCGUCGUCAACAACAAGACCGAGUGAUGGAAAGGGUCAACUCCGACGUCGUUCGCGGCGUGCUCCAACGUCUGACCUGGCGUCGUCGAUUCCUAGCUCAUCGCGCCGCGCAAAAAUCAGGUGGUAUCGUCCCUCCCGAGAUUCGAGUUCAAGUACCUCCCACCGAACCGCCUUCAACACCUACGGCACAGACGAGACAAACCUUGACCAUCAACACUACGAAUUUAGUUACGAGUUCUUUGGACGAGCACGAGUUGUCAUCGACUUCGACUUGGUCUUCUACUGGGAGGGUGGGGGAGCAUAGUUCGAGGAGGAAGGGUUUGAGAAGGAGGGGAACUUCGUCGGAUGAGGGAUCGGCCGGGGGGUCAGAAAAUGAGGAAUAG